AUGAGCCAUUACAUGCCAGCAUUUGGCCAGGCGGCAGUUGCGGCGGCGGCAACUGCAGCAGCUGCGGCUGGACUUGAACACCAUGCCCUACAGCAAAGACGUCCAACUGGGACACUUCAGAAUGGAAAAGCUGCCGCAGAUUUAGUUCCCCAACCACCACAAACGUCUGAAUCAACUCCAAACUUGACACCACAAGAAAAAAAUAUUUCUUCAACGGCUCGCAGUGCUUGGGAAAAGAAUUUUGACGUAUUUGGUCCAAUAGUCGAUAAAAUGGAUUUACUCGCAACCUUAAGGCGGAUAGGAUUAUAUGUGGUUUUCCACGUAAUCGACAAUUGGUAUUUCAUGUUCAAUUUGGCGAAAUCGAGGAAGUUGUGACCCAACCUGAUAUGAAAAAAUAUGCACCACAGCUUCUAAUUGAUUUUUAUAUUGGAAAUUUAGAUGAUGGUCCA